GAGCCAACUUUAUUAACACAAGGAUUCAUAUAUCUCUUUUGUGUAUCUAAAGAAAUAAGACACAUAGCAUCAUGGUCAAGCCCAUUAUCCCCAAGGCGAUCAUCAAGAAGCGCACCAAGAAGUUCACGCGCCAUCGCUAUGAGCUUUUCCCGCAACUGAGCGCGAGCUGGCGUAAGCCUCGCGGUGAGGACUCCCCUGUUCGUCGCCGCUACAAGGGCCAGAAGGCGAUGCCUAACAAGGGUUAUGGGAGCGAUCGCAAGACCAAGUACAUCACCCCAUCGGGCUUCAAGAACUUCCCGAUCCGCAACGUGCAGGAUCUGUAUAUGCUCGUCAUGCAGAACCGCAAGUACGCCGGUGUGAUCGCGCACACUGUUGGUGCUCGUAGCCGCAAGGCCAUCGUGCGCAAGGCCCACGAGCUUGACAUCCGCCUCAUCAACGGCAACUCCAAGCUUCGCAAGCUGGAGUGCUAGAUAUGUAUGAGGAGUGGGAAAGUAGGCUUGCGGGCGUAGUACCGGAGUUGCCCGACUUUCUAAAGUCUUACAUGCUGUUGGCAUCCACAUGCUUAUUUAUUAAUUUGUGAUUAAAAGAGCACGCAGGAAAUUAAGCCCUUUUUGAGGGAUUGUU